AAUUUAUUUUAAUUCAUUUAAUUUCGAUUGAGACUUUUAAAAUUCAACACUUGAUUAAUGAUUAUGUGUUUACGAGAAGCAGACUAUGUUGUUAUCAGAAUUAUUUUGCACUCCAGGGUGGCUUGCAAUAGCCUUUGCCAAGGAUGCUUGGUGGCUGGAUAUUGGAAGACUGUUGAUUGGAUUUGGGAUAGGGCUUCUUACUUAUGCGGUGCCGGUAUAUGUAGCAGAAAUAACACCUAAGAAUCUUAGAGGUCGAUUUACAGCAGCCAGUCAGAUGUUGACUAGUUGUGGCUUUGCACUGUCAUACUGUGUUGGAAAUAUUAUUUCUUGGCGCACCUUGGCUCUAUUUGGUGCUAUUCCAUGCGUGGUGCAGCUUGCGGGUUUAUUCUUUAUUCCAGAGUCUCCUAGAUGGCUGGCGAAGCAUGGCAGGGAAAAAGAAUUUGAAUCUGCUUUGCAACGUCUUAGGGGAAAGAAUGUAGAUAUUUCUGUAGAAGCAAUGGAUAUAAGAGUCAUUACAGAAGCCUUUGAAAACGAUUCAAAAGGCAGAGCUCUUGAUUUGUUCCAAAGGAGAUAUUAUUAUUCAAUUAUUGUUGGAGUAGGGCUAAUGUUACUGCAACAACUUGGAGGGAACAGUGGCUUGGUAUAUUAUUCCAGCACCAUAUUUACUGAAGCUGGUUUUUCUACUAUUAUUGGAACUACAUCGUUAGCUAUUAUAUUGAUGGUCGCAGCUGUGGUGAGUCUACUGUUAAUGGAUGUAUUUGGAAGACGAACACUCCUGAUGGUUUCUUCUGGUGGAACAUGCUUGUUCUUGUGCCUAGUUGGAUUAUCAUUCUACUUGAAGGAACAUGGCUAUUUGGAGGAGGUCACUCCAUUUAUGGCAUUUGCAGGCUUAUUGGGUUAUCUUGCAGCUUUUGGAGUAGGCAUAUCAGGAAUACCAUGGGUUAUCAUGUCAGAGAUAUUUCCUCUAAGUGUCAAGGCCUCAGCUGGAAGCCUAGUUACCUUAACCAAUUGGUCCUGUUCUUGGCUUAUGUCCUACACCUUCAACUUUAUGCUUGAAUGGAGCUCAGCAGGAACAUUUUUCAUCUUCGCGGGUGUGUGUGGUGUAACUGUUCUAUUCGUUUGGAAGUUGGUGCCAGAGACCAAAGGACGAACAUUGGAAGAAAUACAGGCAAAAAUUGCUUAUAUUCCACAGCAAGACAUACAAUAAGGGAUAACUAUCAAAAGAUGCAAGUAGUAGAAUGUCUCGAAUUAGAGACCCAUUAUUCAUAAAUAUGGUGAUAUUUAUGAUAAGAAGAGUAUAGAGGGUGUGGUAUGAGGGGGUCUUGAAUUAGAGACCUAUUGUUCAUUAAUAUGAUGAAAUUUAUGAAAUAUGAAAGGGGAAAUUAUUUCAACCCCUAUUAUGUA